AUGGAAGCAUGUGGAGAAAGCUUGUUACAGUGGAGUAAAGACAACAAUAACAAAUCUAUAAAGGAAAUUGAGAGCAUCAGCAGGAAAAUUAAUAUUGUUAGACAGCAUGUUGGAGGAGAAAAUAUUAAUUAUUUCACAGCUCUUAAACGCCGCUUGAACACUCUUCUGGUUAAAGAUGAUAUUUUCUGGAAACAAAGAGCAAAAGUACACUGGUAUAAGGAUGGCGAUUUAAAUACGCGCUUCUUUCAUAUUUCAGCCUCUACUAGGAAGAAAGUUAAUACUAUCAGAUCGCUGACAAACGACAAUGGGGAGAUUGUCAGUUCGUCGGAAGGGAUGUGUAAAGUAGCCCACGAUUAUUUUAUUGAUUUAUUUCAGAAGAAGCCAAGUUCUCGGGACUGGGUUCUUCAAGCUAUUUGCACAACCAUUUCUAAUGAAGAUAAUGAUAUGUUGACUAAUCAGUUUGAUAUUGCUGAAUUUAAAGAAGCUUUUUUUUCUAUGCAAGCUGAUAAAAGUCCGAGUCCGGACGGUUUUAAUCCCGGUUUCUACCAUCAGUUCUGGGAUUUAUGUGGGGAUGAAAUUUUCAACGCCAGCUGCUCAUGGCUUGAAAGCGGUAUUUUUCCUGAAAAGCUUAAUUCGACAAAUAUCACUCUUAUUCCGAAAGGAGAUUCUCAAUCUACCAUGAAAGACUGGAGACCGAUUGCUCUCUGCAAUGUUUUGUAUAAAGUUAUAGCUAAAGUUCUUGCUAAUCGGCUUAAGAGAGUCCUCGACAAAUGCAUUUCUGAUAACCAAUCGACUUUUGUGCCGGGAAGAUCUAUUUUGGACAAUGCCAUGGCAGCCAUUGAGGUAGUUCAUCAUAUGAAGGCUAAGACAAGAGGUAAGGCUGGUGACAUAGCUCUUAAACUUGAUAUUAGUAAAGCUUACGAUAGAAUUGAUUGGGACUACCUUAAGGAUGUGCUUUCUACUAUGGGUUUCUGUCAGAAAUGGAUUGGGUGGAUUAUUCUUUGUGUGGAAACUGUUGAUUACUCUGUGGGUGUGAACGGAAAGUUGGUGGGUCCGAUUGUUCUGGGUCGGGGUUUGAGGCAAGGUGAUUCUUUGUCCCCGUAUUUGUUUAUCUUGUGCUCUGAAGGUCUUUCAGCCCUUAUUAAACAAGCAGAAGCGCAGGGGGAUAUUCACGCAGCUAUUAGCGAAGCAAAUAUGAUGAAGAGUAUUCUUACCACUUAUGAAGAAGCCUCUGGUCAAGCUAUCAAUUUCCAGAUAUCCGAAUUCUAUUGUAGUAGAAAUAUAGAUCCUGUUCUCAAAAAUCUUAUGGCUGACACGUUAGGAGUUCAACAAGUUUUGGGUACCGGGAAAUACCUUGGAGUUCCCUCUAUGAUAGGAAGAAACAGGAAAGCUACUUUCAAAUUCAUUAAAGAUAGAAUCUGGAAGAAGAUAAAUUCCUGGAGUAGCCGCAGUCUAUCGCAAGCAGGUAGGGAAACGCUCAUAAAAUCUGUCCUUCAAUCUAUUCCGACAUAUAUUAUGAGUAUUUUCUUGCUUCCUUCCUCCUCGAUUGAUGAAAUUGAGAAAAUGUUGAAUUCGUUCUGGUGGGGUCAUAAAAGAGGUAGUGCUAAAGGUAUACAUUGGUUAUCGUGGGAUAGGCUCUCUAUGCCUAAGAAUGUUGGUGGUAUGGGGUUCAAAAAUCUAAGUGCGUUCAAUUAUGCCAUGUUAAGUAAACAAGCUUGGAGUCUCAUGAAAAAUCCAAACACUCUGGUUUCGCGCCUGUACAAGGCUAGAUAUUUUCCAAGUUGCAAUUUUCUUAAGUCAGAGAUUGGACAUAAUCCAUGUUAUGUUUGGCGGAGUAUCUGGAGUGCAAAGUUUGUGGUGAGAGGAGGUUAUAAAUGGAGUAUUGGUACGGGCGAGCGCAUCUCGGUUUGGGAUCAAAACUGGUUACAUGAUUGUUCUACAGUUACUAAUCCGUGGCCAGAUAAUCCGAUGGUGGUAAAUCUCAAAGUUUCAGAUCUUCUUAGUCCGACCGGUAAACAGUGGAAUUUAAACUUGAUUCAUCAGUUAGUAGGUGGCGGAGUAGCGCAGAAAAUUGUCAACACUCCUUUAUUCGAAGCGGUCCACGAGGAUAGAAUAGUUUGGAAUCUUGAAAAUAAUGACAUUUUUUCUGUGCGUAGUGCUUAUCGUUACUGUAUUAACGAAGCCAUUGACACUUCUCAUCUCCGUAUCAAUGAAAAUUGGGAUUUAAUUUGGAAGAUGAAGAUUCCCCCUAGAGUCAAGAACUUUCUUUGGUGCUUAUGUAGGAAUUGUGUGCCUACCAGAGUGCGUCUCAUUGACAAAGGUGUUGGGUGUCUUGAUAGUUGUGUAAUUUGUGGAAGUGGUUUUGAGAAUAAUAACCAUUUAUACUUCCAGUGUCCCAAGAGUAUCGUCUGCUGGGAAAAAGUAGGACUAUGGCACACUAUUCAGCAGUUGGUCAGUAAUGGUGGAGAUUUUGUUUCUUUUGUGUUUUCUUUCCUGCAGGCCUCAAAUCAUGAAAAUAAGGCGGUGCUUUCAACUAUUAUGUGGAGUAUCUGGAAAAGUAGAAACAAUGCUCUUUGGAAUCAGAUUGAGGAGUCUCCUGAUAAUAUAUGCAUGAGAUGUUCUCAUCUUUUAUUACGUUGGAGAGACGCCCAUCAGGUCAGGAACAUAGUGUCUCCUGUAGAGCAACUGACAGCUGUUACUAAGUGGUGUAAGCCACCAUAUGGUCGGUUUAAAUGUAACAUUGAUGCUUCUUUUUCUAGUAACAAGGCUCUAAGUCUAUUGGCAGCUAUUAAAUGGGUUUUGGAGCUGGGCUAUGAUAAUAUGGAUUUCGAGUCGGAUUCAAAAACUGUAGUGGAUAGUGUGACUAUCCCCAAGCCAAGCGACUCAAAUUUCGGCGCCAUUACUCGAGUCUGUUAUCAGCUUUUGACUCACUCUACUAAGAACUUUCAGGUUAAGUUCAUUAGAAGACAAGCUAAUGAGGUUGCUCAUGCUUUGGCUAAGGCGGCUCCAUUUCAUGCUAGUUCUCAUACUUUUAACGAUAAGACAGCAACUUCAGAACGUCGAACAAGUUCAAAACGGUGGGACGAGCAGCCUCAACCCCAGAAUGGACCAGAGCAGGCUCAUAACCUAAACGAAACUGACGCCAGAGACGGGCAGGUUGCCUCCUCGUUCACCCAUACCUCCGAGAGGCGAAGAGUUCACUACGAAGACGACCAAGAACAAGCCGAUAUCCCCGAGGAAGCCGACUCCACCACCGUCCUCUUGCUCAAAGAACUGCAGAAGAUCAACCGCCUCAUCCGGCUUCAAGGUGACCGCAUUGAUGAGCUGGAAAGGAAGCGGCGAUAUCGUUCCCCCCCGCGGAGACACUAUCGGUCGUGUUCCUAUUCUUCCUCGCGCUCACCGCCGAGGAGGUAUCGUCGACGCUCCCCGUCCUCUUCGCGCUCCCCGCCUAAAAGGUAUCACCGUCAGAGAUCAUAUUCCUGCUCUCCACCACGAAAGAGCAGGAGGAAUCAGAGACCUGAGAUCGCAGAAGCUGGGGAACUCUCCCCCGAGCGAGAUUCCCGAGGCCCCUCCAAAGUUGUGUUGAAACCCCGGGAGCGUUCCCCUCCCCGGGACAACCGCAAAACCCGGGCAGAGCACAGGUGA